GUGAAGCACACAUUAGAAAAAACACUCGGACCACGUUAUUGUAUUGGUGGAAUUGCUGUGGCAGGGCUCGUUUGUAAGCGUUGUUUCAUGACACUACCGGGGCGGCACCGAAAUAGCAAGCCAGUGUUUAGUAAGCUACUUUUCCGCGUCAUCCAAUCUACUAGUUAACUAGAAUGCACCAUGUACCCCAUAAUAAGUAUACUUCGUAAUUUUGAGAACUGUCAGCCAUGCAGCAGUCUAUAAAAGGAUACGGUUUUCGCCUUGGAUCCACUUCCAUAUCAAUCAACAACUCACACACUCAUCACAAUGUCUACUGUUUUAGUCUCAGGAGCCAACGGCUUCAUUGCCCAGCACGUCGUUAGUCAAUUGCUUGAAAAGAAGUACAAGGUCAUUGGUACCGUCAGAACCGAUGCCAAAGGUCAACACUUGGCCAAGAACUUCAGCACUCCAGACUUCCAGUAUGUUAUAGUCUCAAACCUCUCUUUACCAGGUGGUUUUGAUGAAGUUUUCCAGCAGCACCCAGAAAUCGAGUACUUCCUCCAUGUUGCUUCCCCAUUCAACUUCAGCGAUGUCGAUGUUGAAGAAAACCUCUUAAAGCCUGCUCUUGCUGGUACUAAGGAAGCCUUGUCCUCUGCCCACAAGUACGGAAAGAACCUUAAGAAGCUUGUGGUCACCUCGUCCUAUGCUGCUAUGGGUUGGACUUAUCUCAUUGACAAGUCCAUUCCAGAUGAUAUUUACAUCGACGAAGACAGCUGGACUGACAUCCCAUGGGAUGUUGCUGCUAAGAGCAACGGGUUCAUUGCUUAUGUCGCUUCCAAAGCUCACGCCGAAAGGGAGGUAUGGAACUUCAGAGAAAGAGAAAACCCAAAGUUCGAACUUACUGUUGUUAACCCAACCUACGUUUACGGCCCACAAGCUUUCGACAGCGAUGUCACUGAGUUUAUGGGUGAAACUUCGGAAAUCAUCAACCGUAUCACCAAGUUGCAACCCGAUGAAACUCCUCGUAGAGAGAGAGGUAUGUGUAUUGAUGUUAGAGAUGUUGCUGGAGCUCACAUCAUUGCCAUAGAAAAAGACGAAUGUAACGGUAAGAGGCUUCUUCUCUUCAACGCUUCGUUUUCUGAGCAAAACUUCCUCAACCUCAUCCACAAGUUCUACCCAGAACAAUUCAAGAAUGUCCCAAUUGGUGAACCAGAAACUACUGAGGCAACCCUUACUAAGACUUUCUGGGGUGAUAUUCACAAUGAAAAGACCAGAGAGAUCUUGAAGCAAGACUGGUACUCCCACGAGCAAUGUGUCAAGGAUGUUCUUGAGCAAAUUGUCAGGGUCAGAGGCCUUUGAGGAUUAUUAAUCUAUAAAGUUUAUAGUUAACGAAUAAAGGGU